AUGAGCAAAUUAGAAGAUAAUUUGAAAGUCAUUCUACAACGUAUUAAAGAGUUAUCUCAAUUGAAUCAAUCAUCAGUGCGCUUAAUAGCUAUAUCAAAGACAAAACCAGUUGAAGAUAUUGUUGAACUUUAUCAUGCUGGUCAACGUUAUUUUGGAGAAAAUUAUGCCGAUGAAUUAGAAAAAAAAUCAAAUGAUAAUUUAAUUCUAACACAAUGUCCAGAUAUACGUUGGCAUUUUGUUGGUCAUUUACAAAGUAAUAAAGUAAACCGUAUAUUAACACAUGUACCUAAUCUUGAUUGUAUUCAAACAAUUGAUUCAAUUGAAUUAGCUGAUCGUUUAAAUAAUAAUCUUCAAAAACAAUCUAAAACAUUAAAUAUUCUUAUACAAAUAAAUACAAGUAAUGAACAACAAAAAUCUGGUAUUGAUCGAAAAGAUUUUUUAUCUUUAUAUGAACAUAUUAAAUUGAACUGUACGCAUUUAAUAUGUCAAGGUUUAAUGACAAUUGGUUCAUUAGAUAAUGUUAAUACAGAAGAUGAUUCUGAUUUUCAAGUAUUAAUUCAAUGUCGAAAAGAAUUAUGUGACAAAUAUAAUCUUUCAAUAAAUGAUAUAGAACUUUCUAUGGGAAUGUCAAAUGAUUAUGAACGUGCUAUUCAAGUUGGAAGUACUAUUGUUCGUGUUGGAAGUUUGAUAUUUGGUGUUCGCCAUUGA